AUGAUGCCCCUCGAGAACGUCGUCGCACUUCACUGGACCAAUUUGGUGCUCACUUUCCUGAUAGUUAUCGCUUUCACUCACAUCCAUAUCAGAAUAGCUGAAGUGGAAAGUCGGUGUCGAUCUCAAGAGGUGAACGAGCCUGCGGCAAAAGAGAACGGCAAUGACCGACAGAAACGUCAGAUUAGUCUGAUCAAUGCAACCAGGAAUGGAAACCAUCUCUGGAUGUCCUCAAUGUCUCGAAUCAAGAUGAUUCUGAAUAACUCAGAUAUAGAAACGUGCUUGAAAGUCUGCAUGGGUAACAUGACUACUGAACUGGAACAAGAACUAGAAACAUCUACCGAAUCCGCUUACAUCCAAGGAGCAACUGCAAAUUGUAAACUGCAAUCGGUCGGUAAGCCCGUGUUCCAUUCACAUACUACAACGUAUUACGGUAGCUGGAUGCGGGACGCCUAUCCAAGAACAGGAGAUGAUAUGCUGAAGCGUUACCUAGUUAAUCACUUCCAAGGGAUCGAAGUCGUCGAGUUUCGUACGGAGGCGGAUCUCCGGCGCGAACACGUUAGCAAUGUUUACCGUCUUCCGUAUGUUUACGAUGGCACGAACCACAUGUUGUUCAAUGGUUCGCUAUUCUUUCAUCGAGCCGGUUUUCCAAGGAUAGGUAAGUUUGAGUUGACUACAGGACGCUACGAUGAGAUCGAAAUUCCUGGAGCCGCUUAUCACGGUAACAAUUAUCUUUUUAACAAAUCAUUGAACUACUUCGAUCUGGCCAUCGACGAAAAUGCGCUCUGGGUCCUAUACCACUAUGAGAAAGAGAAGUUUCUCAGCGUAGCUAAGGUUGAUAUCAAUAACCUGACGAUUUACGAGAUCCACAAUUUGACGCUGAUCAAUCACACACAAAUCGCUAAUGGAAUUGUAAUAUGUGGAGUGCUGUACACGAUCGAAGAUACCCAUGCACAGCGGUCGUACAUUUCAACUGGAUAUGACUUCUAUCGGCUCCAGUACUCUAAGCCAAAUAUCAGAUGGAUUAAUCUGUAUCGUAAUGCUAAUAUGAUAUCGUAUAAUCCGUAUGAUAAGCGAAUUUAUGUCUAUGAUCACGGUUAUCUGCUCACUGUACCGGCUCACAUACAGUGGACGUCGAAAUGA